CAGGUGAUCACCGGGGGACACUACGACGUGGACUGCUACGUGGAGGACCCGAACGGCAAGACGAUCUACAAGGAGACCAAGAAGCAGUAUGACAGCUUCCCGCACCGCACCGAAGUCCAGGGCGUCUACACCUUCUGCUUCAGCAACGAGUUCUCCACCUUCUCCCACAAAACCGUCUACUUUGACUUCCAGGUGGGCGACGAGCCCCCGAUCCUGCCCGACAUGAGCAACCGCGUCACCGCCCUGACACAG